CCUGAUUUUCCCUAAAAAAAUACAUCUGAUUUUCCGUUGGAGUCUGCGUAUGCGCAUUUUCAGCGACUAUUGCUCCUUUGUCUCGUCAGCUUUUCCGAAGUUUAGUCGGCCGAGUGCCGCCAGGGCAAACGUCACGCCACCGUUUUUUUUUGUCAGCAUUAUCUCGCAUGCGGUGACUCGGAAAAUUUUUUUUCCUAAAUUUUCAAUUAAACAAAAAAUAACAAAAAAAUUUAUUUUUUUUUCUUUCGUUAAUUUUCCGGGAAAAUUUGACAAAUUGAUAAUGUAAAAAAAAUAUUACCGGAAAAAAUACGAAAGUUUUGUGACAUUUGUUGGCUUCGCGCCAGAUUGGAUGCAAUAGUGCACGGAAUGUAAUUUUUUCUUGGUCAUAUCGGUCUCGUUUCGGGUGAAAUGUCUUCAGUACUUCCGAGCGUGAGUUAUUAGAUUUUUUUUUAAAUUUUAUCGUCGUCAUCUUUUUUAAGUUUGCCGGGCUGGAAAAUCUGGAUUAUUGAAUUUGAUUUUUUAAUUAAGUUUCAAGUAAUUACUUUUACCAAGUGACUGUGUGUCGAUUUUUGUGUCAUGUACAGAUAAUUGUUAUUAAUAGGAUUUAAUAUUAAGGGGGUGUAAAAUGUCUCAAGUAAGAACUUCACGUCCAACUGGGCCACCUAUUUCACAAUCAAAACGACCAAUCAUUAUUUAUCCGCCAGUCUCAGCUGAAAGUAUUAUCGUACCAAUAGUGUCAUGCAUCCUGGGGUUCCCUUUGUUAGCUCUUCUAGUGAUCUGCUGUUUAAGAAGACGAGCUAAGAUGGCUCGCGAACGGGCGAGAAGGAGGAACUGUGACCUGGACCAUGGAGCGCUUAAUCUUGUCCGAUUUAGUCCAAUUCAUAGGCUAGUCGGAGUGGAAAAGCCUCUGAGAGCUGUUUCUUUAAAAAGCGAGCGACCUAUCAGAACGAUCCCGAACCUGGACCUUGACACGGUCCUUGAGGAGCGGUCAGAUGGCGAGCCGACGACCUCUGCCGUAGAGAUCAGCAGUCCCGACUAACAUUUAGCCCCGGUGGCUUCUAAGUCACCACGGGGCUCAAAAACUCUUACAGCGCCACCUGCGUUGGACCAAAGCCCUUUGUGGACAGCGCUUACCCACGGGAACUCAAUGACCAGCGUCGAUAACGAGGACACCUAGCAGGAGGCGAACGAGGACGCCGGGAGCUUUAUCGGCGCCCUCGUCCUGGAACUCCCGAUAAUUUACUGACACACGGCUAAUUUGGAGAUCCAGGUGAUUCCUCCGACCCCCUAGCCCUCUGAUACUAACAAGGAAGUCUUGAGAAGAUCAUUUGAUGGCAUAUCAAUUAUACAAAUCACAGACGCUUUAUAUAUUUGAAUUUUUGUAAAUUUUUCGUAAGAGCACUCUAGAUAAUUUUAAGAUUUUAACCGAUCAAAGCUUUGAAGCUGCCGCCAUUUUAAUAUAUAUAGUCUCUAGGAGUGUAUAUACGUGUCGAUAAUGUAAAAAUUGUAAUAAGAGUCAAUAAAUAUAUUAAAAAAUUGUU